CAUUAGCUCAGCAGCGCGCGCGAGCAAGAAAUCCGGGUAGAUUAGAUUCAGGCGCUUAGAUUCGAGAAGAAGCGCUUCUCCUUUUGGCCAGGACUAAUUGACUCCAUGAACAUGGCGAGCAAUGGCUAUGGCGGCGCCUACCCCUACUACCAGCCUGCGGCCAUGCCCUACUACUACAGCUACGCGCAGCAGCCGGCAAGAGGCGGCGUCGGCGGCUCUCGCCCGCCGAUCCAGCUUUUCCUAUUGCUCGCGACGCUCUUCCUCCUCGUCGCCGCCUCGCUGUACGCGGUGUGCGAGGCCGCGGUGGAGAGCAUGCUCCAGCAGCUCCGGCCGUUUCUCAUCCUGUCCCCGCUGCUGCUCAUCGUCGCCGCGCAGCUCUGGCUAGCGACCAGCGAUCGGCAGGGCGGAGGCGGCCUCGGGUACCUCAUCUCGCAGGUGGCGCCCGGGGAGUACUAUCCGAGCGGCGCCGGGGCGUACGGCCGGUGGGACGGCGGCGCUGGAUCGUCGCCGUGGGGCGUGGCGGUGGCGCUGGUGCUCGUGUUGAUGUUGCUGUCCUACCAGGAGUCGUUCCAGGAGUGGCGGUUGUUCCCGCUGCGCAGACGCUGAAAUUCAGAUAGCAACAAUCAGCAAUGCGUGAUUGAUCAAUCAGGGUAGUGGACUGGCCUCUCCGUUUAAUUAGCGAUGCAACGUCGUUGUAUUAUCAGGAGAAGCCACUGUUUUAUUUCACAAACAGAGACCUUUUAAUGUCGUGUGAAUCACUAAAUUUAGAUGCUUCCUCUUUCCA